UUCGUUUUAUAAUGUGUUUUUCGGGAGAAAGUCCUUUGUUAAAUUAAUUUCACAUGGUAUUAUCUCCGAAUUUUUACGUUUCUUUGUUAAGGAUUGACGGAGGAAUCGGCCCACGAUGGUGAUCGACUACAGACAAUGAUCGUUGCCAUACAGCCAUCAUUCAGCCACGGGCUUAUUCAUUUGUCUACCUUGUUCGAUUUGGUUAUGAAUUACGACGAAACGACCAGUAAUGGAUUAGUGGAUGAUGAUACAGCCUCUGCUAUUCAAGCCGCUAUUCAUUCAGCCUCAAAUGCGUUCAAUAAUACGGAAUCCCUCACCGUUUAUCACAUGAAGCUGUACGGAAGACAGUUUGCUUUCUUUGACUACUGAUCUUACUGCGAAAGAGGCUCAACUCCGCGUUGAAGAAACUAAGCUAGUACAGUUGCAGAUGGAACUGGCGACUUGGCAACGUGAAGCGCAAGCACUCGGUCAUCAAAUAGCAGAUCUUGAUAAAAAAAUUAUCGAUGCUGACAAGAGAGCCGCACAAUCUCGUGCAAGGGCGGAAAGGAAAAAGAAAGACAGGUGGAAGUGGAUUGUAGGAACGGUCUUUUCACUCGGUUUAGCUACUCCAGGCCUUGUCAAGAACGAGAAUGAUAUUAAGAAACAGAAAAGAGAUCGUGACGCUUGGCAGAAACAGGCGCAGCAACGACGGGAAAACCUUAACGUGGUAAACAAUCACCUUCGCGAUAUUGCAGUUCGCCAGCAAGCCGUAAAUGACUUGAUGCAGAAAACGAAGAAGAAUGUUUUAUCUGCGCAAUCGAUUCUGGAAGGACUUCGGACGCAGUAUGCAAUUUUGAGUAGUCUUGGCGUUCAGAUUAGAAGCGUAUCUACUUUCUUGGUGUCAUUGAAUGGAGAAAUGGGCGUAGUUUACAGACAACAUCAACUGAUGGUGCUCUUCAGACCUUUGUUGCAAUCUGUUGAUAGUAUGUUGAAUAUUCUAGAGGGCAACGCUAAUACUUUAGCUAAAAUAGGUCACAGGGGAGCUGUCAACAAAAUCCGCCGUCACCUUUCGCACGACGUUAUGCCAUCAUUGGGAGAUUAAGGGAAAUGGUAUGACUGAACGGAUAUUUCUUUAUUUUACUUGGUUAAUCGUUAUUAUAGACUUCGUUGCAAAUCAUUUGGUUAAUCCCCUAAGUUCUUAACUUUUACUGAAACCCGAUCCUAAACGGUUUUAUAUAGCAAAUACAAUGUUGUACUCUA